AUGAAGACGGCGUCAAGGCGGAAACGAAAACUUCACAAGUUGGCAAAGGAUUUGUUCAUUGUGCUCUCGAUUUUUUCAUGUGCGGGGAUGUUGAAUACUUCGCCUGCCUGCGCCAGCCGGGAUCGGUCGGUAGCUUGAGCCGGAGGACGACGGCCCUCCGCCGACAUUUCCACUCCCCCUUCCGAUAAUAUAGAAGGCGAGGAAACCUGGGGGGUUUCACCGAUCUUCGCCGGGGGAAAGGAAUGCCGUCCUCCGGCUGCUCAUAGCCGAAUCAAAAGAGAUUCUAGGCGAAGCAGGUAAGUAUCCUGUCCCUUUCUCCUCGAUCUUCGUCGCGGCGUUCAUUUUUAGCCGACCGUAUUUCAACGAUGCAUAGGAAUAUGAUCAUGAAUUCUGUAAGAUGGCGUAUGGAAUCUGGCCGUCGGCAAUAAACUUAAGAUGACGACCGCUGGCUUUCAUUGUCUAUUAUUUUAUAUAAUAUUCUACCUCAAACAUCACACACAGACGAUCAAACUGGCGACGGAGGCAACCAUCAUCAGAGAGGCUUGCGCCUUCCCAUCAGGGGGACUGGGGAGUGAAUGGCGGAUGGAAGAGGAAGGCGUUGCAGUGAGUUCCGGCUUUGUUUCACAUGGUCAGGCAGCCAGAAGGUUCCUCAUCGCAGAUGAAUUCGAUUUUGCAGCCGCUAUUGCAGGGGCGGCCGUAGUCGGCGGCGGAUGACCCGCAGCCCCUGCCGCAGCCGCAGAAGCAGGGCCGGUGCCCGCCGUCGCGGUGGCACCCGCAGCCGCUUUUGUCUUGCCCGGUAUAGUACGGGCAGCAGCAGCAGACCGGCCACACCGGAGGAUAGGCCACCGGGAUGCAGAAGAACGGCGCCUCCGGAGGGGGCGGUGGCGGUGGUGGUUCUUCCGGAACUGGUGGGGGGCAAGUAGGUGGCGGCGGCGGUUUUUCUGGAGGUGCUGGGGGGCAAGUAGGUGGCGGCGGCGGUUUUUCUGGAGGUGCUGGGGGGCAAGUAGGUGGCGGCGGCGGUUUUUCUGGAGGUGCUGGGGGGCAAGUAGGUGGCGGCGGCGGUUUUUCUGGAGGUGCUGGGGGGCAAGGAGGUGGGUUCGGGGUGGGUUCGAGGUCAGGAGGCUUGUCACAGUUGCAGCUGCAGAGGGCGGGGAUGUCGAUCUCCUUGAUGAUCUUUCUGGCCUUGCGGCGGAGCUUCUUCGCAAGCCUGGGGGGGCAGAAAGGCCCGGUGAGGGUAACCUUGUUGUUCUUCUCGUCCCACACUAUCGACUGGAUCUUCCAUUUCACUGCGUUGAUGAAGGAAGAAGAAGGAAAAUCAUCAGACCCCGAUCGGAAUCAUUCCCAACCGACGGCGGCCGCCGCCUCCAUUCCUCUCUCUCUCUCUCUCUCUCUCUCUCUACCUUCAUAUUUUUUGGUCAAGACCUUCUUGAUCUUCUCGUGGCAGUGGGUGCAAGCCAGAUCCACCGUCAGAAUCACAGAGAAGUUCUGCAGAAGGCGAAAUGAACGCAAGAAGAAGAAGAAGAAGAGAAAAAAUGGCAAGAGAAUCCUUCCGAUCUCCAUGAUACUAGCAAUCUGUUGUAUGUCCGCGUACCUCGUGGCUCAUCGCUGAACCUUCUCCCGUGGGAGGUCCCCGCCGGUCUGAAACUCCCAGAUAGAGAGAGAGAAAAAAAGAGGGGGGGGCUCUGAGAAGCCAGAGAAUUGUUCUGAUCGGCUUCUGACUCCACUGGAUGAAAUCUCAUGCACCCACGAGGUGGGCGGGCAACGUGGGGGAGCGGUGGACGGCGACCUCGCAACCGACGCCCAACUAGUGGCACGUGCCACCUGGGUCUUUCUGGUCUCCUUCGCGCGUGUGGAUACUGCGAAUCGGCCGACUCGCCCGGGAGAGAUGAGUAG